GUAGUUUUGGGGUCCCGUUCCGAUAUUUCCAAAUAACUUACUUGCUCAGUUUAGCUUCUUUUAUUAUUUAAAUAUUUUCAUCCUAAAUCAACGUUUUGUCAGAUUGAAUGCGGAUAAACUUAUGGUUCGUUUUGGCUGGGGUUCCUACAUUAGAUGAAAGCGAGCCUGAAAGUCUAGUUUAGGUUUUACGAGAACGAAUUGGGACGUGACCGGAAGUCGUACUAAAAAAAAGAAACAGGCGGCGGGAACAACUCAACUGCGAGUUAAAGUACAGCAGCGUUAACAACAUUAUAAAAGCCUUGUGUAUGUAGUGAGUAGCACCUCUUUAUUUUAUCAUAAUAUCAGAAGAUAUCCCUAAUAACUGGAGCAGGCCAGGCAUGAGUGGAGCACACCUGGACGAAUGGCAGAGGAGGUCCUUUGACAUUUCAUCUGGCAACUGUACACCUGAACAGACGGCCGAUGCCUACCGGGCCCACAUCCUCUCCAUUCAGUAUGCAUGGGCAAGCUCCCAGCUCUCUCAGGCCGGCAUGGCCAGCCUGCUCAGGACCUACUCGGAGCGCUACGCCGCAGUGCUUGACUCGGAUGACCCCCGCACAGGGCUUAACAACUAUGCAGACAGCGCGCUGCAUCUGGCCCGCAGUCAGAGGAACUACAGUGACAAAUGGGAGUCGUCGCUGACCACGGAGAGUGUGCUGGAGCUGCCCUGCGUGCAGAGGAUGAAUCAGGCAGGGACGGGGGGAGGAGGCUCCCUGGUGGCACCUGGAGAUGUUAACAUACCUGUGGGACAAGAGAGCAGGUCAUUGUUCAAACCUGUAGGUCCACCUCAGCCUAAAACAGAGGUUAAAAACAUAACCUGUAAUCCUGCUACUACUUUAGAGAGGCCAAGAGGCUCUGAGGGGAUGUCGGGUAAUCCUAACUCGUUCUCCCGACCUCCAGCCCGACCACCGUCUGCCUUUAGUCAUUCUUCUUCAGUUCUUCCACAGGGAAACCCCAGCCCUGCAGGGGGCACACAAACCUAUCAGUCCUCCUUUUUCCCCACCUCCAACCCAUCUAAGCGGAAAAAUGUUUACAACCCAGAUGGAGGGGAUGGUGGCAGGGGGCAACACGGAGGUCAAGCAGGCAGUGACCCGCGAGCUGGAAGCAACUUUAAAACGGCUCGUGAGCAGUUUUUUGUUGAUCAACAGAGAAAACACUCCAACCAGCCCCAAAGAGGUCAGCCCGCUGGGAUGGCAGCAACUCUGAAGAAAUCUCUGGGUGCCAACAGGCCUCGAGGCACAUUUUCUAAAUUUGUGUCACCUAUUCCAAGACAGGAAGAGGAAGAAGAAGGAGGGGUGAGCCGUAAUUCCAAUCAGGAACCUCAGAUCCUGGAUGAGCGUCUGAAAAACUUUGAGCCAAAGAUAAUCGAGCUGAUCAUGAGUGAGAUCAUGGACCACGGGCCUCCUGUUUCCUGGGACGAUAUAGCAGGCCUGGAGUUUGCCAAGACCACCAUAAAGGAGAUUGUGGUUUGGCCUAUGCUGCGCCCUGACAUCUUUACUGGCCUCCGUGGUCCCCCCAAAGGCAUCCUGUUGUUUGGACCCCCAGGGACGGGAAAAACUCUGAUAGGAAAAUGCAUAGCGUGCCAGUCAGGUGCCACCUUCUUUAGCAUCAGUGCUUCAUCGCUCACAUCCAAGUGGGUGGGUGAAGGAGAAAAAAUGGUGCGAGCCCUGUUUGCCAUCGCCCGCUGCCACCAGCCUGCUGUCAUUUUCAUUGACGAAAUUGACUCGCUGUUGUCUCAGCGGACAGACGGGGAGCACGACUCAUCGCGUAGGAUAAAGACCGAGUUCUUGGUUCAGCUGGAUGGAGCAGCCACGGCAGCCGAGGACCGCAUCCUGGUGGUGGGCGCCACCAACCGGCCUCAAGAGAUAGACGAGGCCGCCCGACGACGCCUGGCUAAGAGGUUAUACAUCCCCCUGCCUGAAGCAGCCGCCCGUCGGCAGAUCGUGAUUAACCUCAUGACUCAAGAGAAGAACCAGCUGGGAGAGCAGGAGCUGGAGAGCGUGGUAGCCGCCACCGAGGGCUUCUCAGGGGCUGACAUGACUCAGCUGUGUCGAGAGGCAGCGCUGGGGCCCAUCCGCAGCAUCCAGCUCAGCGACAUCGCCACCAUCACUGCAGAUCAGGUGCGACCAAUCCUCUACAUCGACUUCCAGGAGGCCCUGAAGACGGUACGACCCAGCGUCUCAUCAAAGGACUUGGAGCUGUAUGAAAACUGGAACAAGACUUUUGGAUGUGGACGUUAAGCGCGGCUCCUCGUCCUGAUUAUUCCUCUAUGGAUGUUGUUUUGAACUGAGUUGAGAUAAACAUUUCCGCUCUGGAGAAAUCCAUACAUCUAAAAUAUUUUCUUUGUUGCAGUGGGUGGACAAAAUAGCAGGAGCACUUCACACUAUUGCUGAAAAUAAUGGCCUCCCAAUUGGAUCAACAACUCUGUGACAUAGUCUCACCCAAAAGCCCCAAAAAAUAAUAAGCUUCACAAAUUUUCUAAAUGCAGAGAUGUGUGUUAGAUUACAUUAUAUUGAGCAGGUGUUUCUGGUAUUUUGUCCACCGAUUGUGUCCAACACAGUUUGACUGUUUUUGUUUGGACGUUCAUUUUACUGUUGCCUUGUGGUUCAGUGUGAGCGUUAAGCACCAUGUUAUGUGUUUGAACAUGUGUUGCAGAUGAAGCAGUGAUCUCUGUUUACAUUCGUUUUAUAGCGAUUAGCAUCCUUUUUGUAAGACUUUGAGGAUGAACAUUUAACAUCUAUCUCAUAUACUGUAUGUCAACAAUUGCUCUUGUUUGUUACAAUUAAUUGCAUUGCCAAAAUUGUGUUGUUUUUUUCUAAUAAAUUGAAAUGUUGCCCUC